AUGGCUGGAGCACCUGUAUCUGCCGAGUCAAUCCUGAAUGAAGUCAGGGAGGAUUUCCUUAGCUGUUCCAUUUGUUUCGAAUUUUUUAAGAAACCUAGAUUUCUACCCUGUCUUCAUACAUUCUGUGAGAAAUGUCUCGUGGAUUAUAAGGCACAAUCUGAAGGUGUUCUACGAUGUGCAACAUGCAGACUUCAGUGUGACACUCCCAUCCAGGGGUUGAAGUCAAAUUUCUUCAUAGCAAGCUUAAUAGACUCUGUCCAGAAACUGAAGCAGCUCAAAUCUCACCAUCCCAUAAUAUGUGAUAUGUGUGAAAAGAAACCAGCAAUUCACAGGUGUGUGGAUUGUUCUCAGUUUUGUUGCACUUCAUGUGUUAAAAUCCAUGAGCGAGUCCCUGCUCUCCGCUCCCAUAACAUGCUUACAAUUGAUGAGUACACAGAGUCUAGCGCUCAUAGUAUUGACUUGUCCAAGGCAUUCUGUAGUGAUCACAAAGACAGUCAUCUAAAGUUCUACUGUGACACUUGUGAGGUACCUAUAUGCUCAGACUGCACCAUAGUCAAUCACAGAGUUCCUGAACAUGUCCAUAGAGACUUGCAGGUGGUUGCAGAGGAAUAUAAAAGACAACUCAAAAAUCUGUUGGAGCAGUUGAAAGCAAAAGAAAAACAACUUGAGAUGAAAAAAGCAGCGGCAAAAAACACACCAGAUGAAAUCCAAACUCAUUGUGAGGCAGAGAAAAAGAAAAUUACUGAUAAAGCAACAGGGGUGAUAGAGAAAGUAAGGAGCGACGAGAAGGAGCUCACAGAUGCUUUAGAUGUAAAUGCCAGGAAACAAAUAAAAGAUGCAGAAUUGAAUAUUGAGGAGAUAGAAUUUCACCAUGCUAACACUGUCAGUACCCAAAAUUAUCUAGAAAUACUGAUGCAUCAUGGGAAUGCUGUUCACCUGUUGUCGACUAGACAUGAAACAACUAAACAUGUUGGUGAAAUGAUUGCUAUGGAAACCAAACAUAGCACAUUUGGUGUUAUUGAAUUCCAUCAAGGGAGUAACAUUGAUACACAUGGACUGCUUGGUGUGGUCAAAUUUGAUACCUGUCCACCCAAACAUAGUGUCGAAAACAUCCCAAGACGAAAACUGAAAUGGGAAUUUGUCAACAAGCUGAUGGUGAAAAUGAAAAAACAGUGUGAUGUCUUUUUAUUGACAAAGAUAGCAAUAACAGUAGCAAUUAUUCUUAUUGCCAUGGUGAUUGCACAACCUUACAUUGUUGUUGAAGUUGCCUCUCCAUUCAAAAGCACUAUUGAAAACAUCCCAAAACAACUCGUGAAAGGUGAAUCUGUCAACCUGAUGAUCACAAUCAGAGAUUCUACAGGAAAACGAAUUGAAACUCCUCCACAUGUAAGUGCGAAAAUGACACUUCCUUCGAAAUCGAUUAUGCAAGAUAUAAACAUUGUGAAUAACAAUAAUGGGACUUACUCUGUGACUUUUUCUGGGAAAAUGGCAGGGCAACACAAAAUUGAAGUGAAGGUUGGAUUAACCGAUGGACAACAUAUACGAGGAUCACCAUUCAAUAUUGAUGUCAUCAGUGGAUAUGUUUUAACAGUUGGAAAUUUAAAUGAUACUUUCGGAAUAACCAUCAAUAAAAAUGGUGACUUUGUCACAACAGAUGCUAAUAGCAACAGAGUAACUAUACAUGACAUACAUGGAAAAUACAAACAAUCGUUUAAAUUUACUCAUGAUCACUUGAUUGAACCAAGAGAUAUUUCAAUAUCUAAUGAAAAUCAGUACUUUAUUGUAGAUGCGUUAAACCAAAAAGUAGUUGUGGUUGAUGAAAAUGGAAAGUUUAUCAGAUCAUUUGGAAGUUCCAUAUUAGAUGACCCAUAUGGGAUUGCAAUUAAUUCUGUUACGAAGUACGUGUAUGUGACUGAUUUGCAGGAUGUAACGAGAUGUAUUAGGAAGUUCACACAAGAUGGUAACUAUGUCAAGUCAUUUGGAAGUCGAUCUGGAUUACAAGAGUUAUACCAACCUGAAUUCUUAGCUAUCAACAGUGAUGGAAUAGUGUAUGUGGCAGAUCAGGUUGACAACCAAAUUCUGGUAUUCAACAAUGAUGAUGAAUUCAUGUUUGCCUUCUCUUCCACUCCAAUGUCUCGUCCCAGGGGUGUGGCUGUGGAUGAAAAUGAUUUUGUAUAUGUGAGCAGUUGUUGUAGAGUCAAUAAGUAUGACAGCAAUGGUCAGUUUAUUCGUAAGAUUGUUGAUCUUAGAUGGAGUCAACUAUUUGGGAUUGAUGAUGAUGAUGGUGAUUAUACAUGGCGUGAAACAUUUUGGUGUUGUGGUGGUUAUACACGGAGUGAACUAUUUGCUAUAGCGGUCAGCAUUGAUGGUAAAAUCGCAGUUGUAGAUAACACUAAAAAAUGCAUUACGGUCUUCGUUGAGUGA